UUCUAUUGAUGAUAUUCAAGCCACCUGCCCCUUUAGGUAAGCACACUUUCUCCCAAGAAACAAGAUCUCUUUUAGAGAUAGUAGCCUGUCCAGUCCAGAGGUAGGUAGCUCCUAAAUGUAGCUUCAAUUAGUUUGAUCACCUUCUGUGGUAGUAGAAACAUUUGUGACCAUUAGGUCUGAAUACCAAAUAUCACAGCCCUAAUGAGUUGGAGUCUUUCAGCAUAGGAGAGACUCCUGGUCAUCCAUGAAGUAAUGCAGGUUGUAAUCUUAUCUACCUGAGACUUACAUUGCAUUACAGUGAGCCUUUUGGUAGAUAAGGGUACUCCCAAGGCUUUUAAAAUGGUAAUGCACCUUCCUCAUAUCCAAGUGUUUGUAAAAUUUCCUCCUUUACCUUUGUGCCAACACCACUAAAGUAGACCUGGCUCUUGUGUAAGUUAGCUCUAAGUCCAAAUGCUUCCAGACUCCAUUUGUUGGAUUAUACUAUAUAUGUUAUUGAUGUUGUACACCCCUUAAAAAAGUCACUCACUCAAUAAUUUUCUACGGAAUCUACUCUUGAAAAUUUAUUUACUACAUUAUGGAUUUUAAUUUUUUGAAUCCAUCGAACAUACAACUUGGAAAUGUGUAUGUAGUUUCUUGAUUUUUUUUUUUUUUUUUUUUUCUUUCCGAAUAAUUAUUGUUAAAAGUAAUGUAUUUAAGUGAUAUAUUAGCAUAGUCCUUUAAUUUUUAAUAAUAUUAACCCCAAGACACAAAUAAUCUGAAUAUUUUAGGAUCAAAGAUAAAGAAAAUGAAAAUGAUAAGGUUGUAGGCUGAAACUGCCGAUUUCUUAUCUUUUGUUUAAGAGUAAUUUAUUAUCUAUGUCUUCUUUCUAAUAUAAACAUCAGUAUUUUAUUAACUUGAUAUAGCACUUAAUUAUAUAAAUACAUAUUACUUAUAGAUGACUUUAUUAUAUGAUUCUAAAAGUGUUGUAAUUUACAUGUAUCAAACACAUAUACUUUUAAAAAAUAAAUGAGCUAUUAAAAUAGAUCUAAAAUGUAAAAGAUAAUACAGAUACAUUUUAUUGGGAUUUAAUACGACAAUGUGAGAAAAUCCAUAUGUAAUAAACUAUAAAUUUGAUUAGAUUAAUUAUGACAACGCAAAGAGCGGGUAAAUUGACUGGUUAUGAGAUAAAAUACAUCCAUAAACUGUCCUACAUUUGCUCAUUCACUCUAGUAUCCCACAAGACUAAAAAAAGAGAUCUAAUUUUUUUAAUUCUUAAUUUUUUUCCAUUUUUCAAAUAUUUCUUACUUUUUUUUGCUGUCCAUACAAAAAUAAAAUAAUUUAAGGCAUGAUUUAUGGAUCUCGCGGAACUAAGACAACUAUUUCGCUUUGAUUUCUUCAAUAGAGAUGUCGACAAACUUUGUACAGAACUCAUCACCAUCACCACCACCAUUACCAUAUUCUGCUCCGCCGUUAACAAUAAUUGUCACAUUCAUAGUCUUUCUAUUUCUUUUUAUUGUUCUUUUCACAAUUUUCUUUUGUAGAUGCUUUAUGCAACAUCUACUAUACUCAUGGCAUAUUACAGUAGCUGGAAUUCCUAUAUGUCCAACUAAAAAUGUUCUAGGGCUUGAUCCAUUGAUUAUCCAAUCUUUUCCAACUUUCAUCUAUUCAAGUGUACAAGAUUAUGGAGAGGGUAAAUUUGGGCUUGAGUGUGCUAUUUGUUUGAACGAAUUUGUAGACGAUAGCUUGAUGCGUUUGUUAACAUCAUGUAACCAUGUGUUUCAUCAAGAAUGCAUUGACUAUUGGCUUGAAUCACACAAGACAUGCCCGGUAUGUCGCGCAAGCCUGGAUUCGAUGGAAAUGCGACAAAAGACAGUACAGUGCACUACGCUCCGAUCUCAUCACAUUGGGUCCAACAGGAAACAGUCGGACCGCAUCGAGUCAGCAAAUAAUAAUGAAAUGUGUGGCACGGAUAAGGAGGACGGGUUGUCCGAGAAUACGUGCAACAUAGCAAUCAACGACGACGACAACUACUAUAACAACGACAACAAUGUUGAUGGUGAUGAAAAAGGAUGCAAUAGUGGAACGAUGACGACGACGACUACAACAACAUUUGAACGUGUUAAAUUACAAAAGAAAGUUGAGAAGUUCACGAGAUCACGAUCCACUGGGCACUCAAUAAUUAUAGUAUGGGAAAAUGAAGAUAGGUUUACUUUGAGAGUGCCUCAACAUGUGAAGGAAAAAAUUAUGAAGGGGCAUAACACAAUGAGAAGUUGCAUCAAUUUUGGAGAAUUCAAAAGCAAAACUACCGGUGGAAAUUGUAGGUUUGGUGAAGUUUCAUUCUCCAGUUUUCUGGACAAAGUAUGAAAUUUUUCCUUUUAAAAAAAAAAAAAGAAUAAAUAAAUUGGCUUGUGAUUUUUGCAAUUCUUUUCUAAAGAUU